AUGAGCCAGCUUCACGAGAAUGGCCAGUCGGGGCUUCCUUCCGCGUCUGCCGCGCCGGUAGGCACUUCCGCGUCCUCGGGAGGCAACGCGCCUUCCAGCGGAACCAAAACGGAGUUCCUCGGAUCUCCCAAGUCGAUUCAGCAGACUGGAGACGUUCCGCCGCCGAGGUUUGGACAUACGUGCACCUGCGUAGGAAACCACAAAGUCGUCGUCUUUGGAGGCGCCGUUGGCUCUGCAGGAGGUUACUCAAUCACAAACGAAAGCUACUUGUAUGACAACACUGGAUGCAGAUGGUACCACCUGUUCGCUGAAAACCCGCCCCCACCUCGCGCUGCGCAUGCGGCGUGCUGUGUAGAUACACUCCAGCUGGUCGUCUUCGGCGGGGCGACGGGGGGAGGCAGCUUGAGCGCAGAAGAGCUGUAUCUGCUGGAUCUCCGGAAGGAUCCACAGCUGCAGUGGAUGCCGGUGCCGCUCCAAGGGAUCACGCCUGGCCGACGGUACGGCCAUUCCAUGGUCUACAACAAACCCAACAUCAUCGUCUUUGGCGGCAACGACGGAGAAAGACCGCUCGCCGAUGUGUGGUUCAUGGACGUCGAGAAGUCGCCGUUUCGCUGGGAGGAAGUCGUUUUCGAGUCUCAGGCUCGCCGACCCCCUCCGAGGGUUUACCACGCAACUGAGGUGUGCCGCGAAGGUCCAGCGAGCGGCAUGAUGGUUGUGUUUGGAGGCAGGAGCGCGUCCAGCAGAAGUCUGAACGACACCUGGGGCUUACGGCAACAUCGCGAUGGCAGAUGGGACUGGAUCGCGGCGCCUUCAAAGAAGCAACAAGCGCCGGAACCACGCUUCCAACACUCGAUGGUUUUCAUAGGGUCCAAAAUGCUCAUCGUCGGCGGGCGGACUGAUAACGACUGCACAAAGCCGUUGUCCACAGCUGUCUACGACACAGAGACAGUGGAAUGGAGGUUCAUUGCCUCAGUUGGACGGUUUCGCCACAGCUCCUGGACGCUCCGAUCGACCGUCUACACGUUCGGCGGCUUCUCGCACGUCACGCAGCAACACCCGACGGCCGACUUAACUCUGCUCGACUGUUCCUUGAUUCCAAACUUUUACAACGAGCGAGAACGCGAAGACAUUCGCCGCAAGCAGGCCUUGCAACAGGAACAGCAGCUGGCCGUGGCGAGCGCAGUCGCAGCGGCUCAGACGCAGCCCACUGCGCAGCCUGCGAGUGCGCCUCCUCCUCCCGCUCCUCUACCUGCGGCCGCGUCGCCGCCAGCCGUGCGUCCGGGGCUUUCUGGCCAACCUGCAGCCGUCGAAAAGGCGCGAGCGGCGCAGACGCCAAACGCCGCGCAGCCGCAGGCGCCCGUCCAGCAAACGUCCUUCGCCGCGUCCGGCUCUUUGCGGCAGUCCUGGGUUUUCUCGCAACGGAGUCAGACACGGCAGCUGGCGGACAUCAAGCUCGCCUCUCACGUCUCGGUGGUGCACGAGACAGGCGAAGACUUCUCCUCUCUCGUCCGUCGGAUUUCGAUCGACCGCCUGGAGGAAGAGGGAAAGAAGAUCAACAAAGAAGCCUCGCUGCAGGAGCCUCCGCCCACCCCCACUGAGUCGCGGCGCGAAAUGCUCGCGGACAAAAUCCUGAAACUCCUCCUGAGGCCGCUCAUCACUCAGCAAGAGGUCUACGCCACCUUCAACACAGACGCCCCCUUCGCAAUCUCCUGGAACGAUGUAACAUAUCUCUGUGAUGUGGUGCUGGACAUUGUGAAGAACGACGACAUGGUGCUCCAUCUUCGCGCUCCGAUUAAAGGCAAGCUGACUGGGAAGAGGCUCUACGGGGAUAUCCACGGCCAGUACUAUGACCUCAUGCGGCUGUUCCACUUGUACAAGAUGCCUGUGGAAGAAGAACGAAGCGACGAAUUCAUCGGAGGGUCUGCCGCCUUGGGGCAAAACGGACCUGGCUCCGCAAAUGCCGGGGUUGUCGGGGACAUCGACACAAACGAUUAUUUGUUUCUCGGAGACUACGUCGAUCGAGGUCUCAACAGCUUGGAAACCAUCUGUCUCCUCUUUGCUCUUAAAGCCAAGUAUCCCCGGCAGAUUCACCUGCUUCGAGGCAACCACGAGGAUCCAGCAAUCAAUUCGCUCUACGGCUUUCAAGACGAGUGCAAGCGCCGACUGCGUGAAGACCCGUUCGAUCCGAGCAGUUGCUGGCGCAAAUUCAACCUCGUUUUUGAGUACCUCCCGGUCGCUGCCAUCAUCGACGAUUCCAUCUUGUGCAUCCAUGGCGGGAUUGGCGGAACGAUCUCCUCAGUCGAGGAUUUAGCCGCGCUUCAACGCCCUCUCAAAGUGGCUCAAGUCCCCCAAAAUGUCUACGAGCAACGCGUCACGGAUUUGCUGUGGUCAGAUCCCACAGACAACGACAGCAUGUUGGGGGUGGUGCGAAACGAUGUGCGGGAUCCAGACGGCUCAGGGAGAAUCUACAAAUUCGGUCCCGACCGCGUUCACAGAGCACACGAGUGUGUGAUGGACGGUUUCGAGCGAUUUGCAGGAGGCAAGCUGAUCACUCUCUUCUCAGCAACGAACUACUGCAAUCAUCACCAGAACGCCGGUGCGCUUCUCUUUAUUAGACGCGACAUGACCGUCAUCCCGAAGUUGAUUUAUCCCGCAAAUGCUCCUUGCCAGUACAACUCCUGGGAUUCGAGAAUGGCUGAGCUUCGUCCGCCGACGCCGCCUCGAGCUGCGCCGCGCAUGCGCGAGAAAGAGUUUGGAGCUGGCGGGUGA